AUGAAGCUGUCCUCGAAAGCUCUCCUUGCCGUCCUGCUUGGCGCCGGCGCGUAUCCGGGCGUGCACGCUAGGUUCGAACUGCACCACAAGCACAACAUAUUCCUAAAGUCUAUAAAGGCAGAAACGCAACCUCCCGCACCGCUUGCUCCCGCACCACUUAUUGAAUCCCAGCCCAUUACCACGCCGGCUGCCACUACCGUGUCGGUUGCCGAGUCUGAUUCUGCUCGGCAAGAUCCUGUCUCGUCCAAGGAGCGGCACGAUCUUGCCCCGACCGAAGGGCAGCCGCGUCCUGAGCCCAGUUCCAAUUCUAACAGCUGCUCUCAGCUCGAAGACAGCCCCGUUCUCCAGGCUUUCGAGGACUUCUGCGUCGAUCCGAAAUUAAGCAAGCGGCGCGCGUCUCGGGAGAAGAUAGGCUAUGUCGGCAACAUUGGCUGCCCAGGCAAAUAUGGCUCCAACAUGAGACUCGUCGCAAAGGACAUUAUCGGCAAAUACGAAUACACCGCAAAUAUAAUGAAUGCCGUCCUAAGUUUCCACCUGGCCAAGGGCGAGACCAAGCACGUCGCCUUUCAGGCUGAUACCCAGGGUAUAUGCGGGUGCGCCGCUGGAUCUGUUCCUAGGUGGUCACCUGGCGCUCCAGAUGGCCAAGCAAAUACGCAGGGCCUGCUCGCUACGACUUGGUUCGAGUUCGACUUUGCCAGCAAGGACAACGGCGGCCAUUCUGGUAUCGAUGUCUCGUCCCUUGUGCCCACAGACCACGGAUUUGCCGUCCAAGGCCUUCAAGCGUGCAAGGGAACCCCUUGCGAUCAGCAUCCCGCCGACGCGCGAAUCUGUUCCACUCUGUUUUCUAAACAGGCGGGCGACAAAUCCCUCAAGGAAGGAAAAGAUGCCUCCGAGCAAGGUGAAAAUGCCUUUGGGAAAGGCACCCAUGACGAAGACGGAUUAGGCCCUAAUAUGCAGCUAGGUCCUGCCACGGUACAAGUUUAUGUUGACUACCAGCACCAGAAGGCAAUUAACUUUAAUGGACAAUCUUGUGAGAACGAAGCAGCAUGA